GCUACCAGUAUGGGAAAUUCACCGCUGCUGUACUUACAGGUUGCUGCCAUAUGUGCCGCCUGUCCUUCGUAUGCGCAAGGAUCGCUCCCCGUAGUACGUGAUACGCCCAUUCUUCUGCCGGUGGCUCAUCUAAGCCUGCUGCGUUUAGACACGACUCACGAGAACGGCUGGCAACCCGGAUCAUCGACGUCACCUAUCAACGCCUCCAUCACAGAAUAUAAGCAGCAAGCUACGGCCACCCACUUUGGGCACGACACCGCUACCAGUAUGGGAAAUUCACCGCUGCUGUACUUACAGGUUAGUUACCUGCAGGGUGCUUCUUGUUUAAAAACUAACAACUAUUAUCUGGUUGCGGUGUCGUGCCCACACGAUCUCUGUGAAAAACUGAGGUGUUUGUCUAGUGCCUGCCGCUCUUUAAUACGCCUGUCUCUACUUCUUUCCGGUGAUGUGGAAGAAAAUCCCGGGCCCGAACAUGACACGAUUACGUCUACACUUGAGUCUGUUUUAGAAACAAUGCGCAGACUUGAAGUUGGACAGGCCGCCAUACUUAACGAACUUAAGUGUGUUAAAGAAAAACAAGAGGCAACAGAAAGCAAGCUUAGUCUACUUUCUGGAAGAGUCGAAACGCUUGAGGCAACUGUCGCUUCCAUCAAUCCCGUCGGAUGUGCUGCGCCCAGCACUCAGUUGCGUGAAAUAUGUGACCGCCUGCGCUCAGUUACGCUUAGAUGCGACGAUACGGAAAACCGUCUCCGAAGGAACAACUUGCUCUUUUUUGGCAUAAGCGAUAGCCCAGGUGAAGAUUGGGCCGCAUCGGAGCAGAAAGUAAUUAAUUUCUGUUCUGAGCAUCUCGGCGUGACGGCAGUGAGCUCUCAGUUUGAACGCGUACACAGAUUGGGCCGAUUUCACAGCGAAAAAUGCCGACCACUUAUUGCAAAGUACAGUUCAUUCAAAGACAAGCAAGGUAUUCUGUCCGCUGCACACAAACUGAAGGGAACCACGUUCUCGAUACGGGAAGACUUCUCACCCGCCACGCGGCAGGCUAGGCGAAAACUAAUUGAAUUUGCUAGGACUAACAAAAAACCUUUCAAGUUAUCACUGGAUAAAAUGCGCAUGGAUAGUAAAACCUACAUGUUUGACAAUGUCACUGAUGGCGUUGUGCUAUCAACCACAUAGCUACAGAAAAGAAUUCCGCAUGUAACAGCGAAAA